UCAGUGACGACUGCAUUCAUGUGUUAGCGUGUCCUCCUACUCCUCCUAGGCUGUAUCCAUACUGACAGAGAGGGUUCUAAGUGAUGGUGACCAUAGUAACAGAAUGGGUUUUGAGUGACGUGUGGGUCACCAUAGUAACAGGAUGGGUUCUAAGUGAUGGUGACCAUAGUAACAGGAUGGGUUCUGAGUGAUGGUGACCAUAGUAACAGGAUGGGUUCUGAGUGAUGGUGACCAUAGUAACAGGAUGGUUUCUGAGUGAUGGUGACCAUAGUAACAGGAUGGUUUCUGAGUGAUGGUGACCAUAGUAAUGGGAUCGGUUCUGAGUGACGUGUGGGUCUUCUCCUCCGUCUCGUCUAGUCGCCGCGGAGAGCCGUGCUGCAGCUGCUGGCCAAUCAGGGGGAACUUGCUGACAUGACUUCCCCUCAGCAUGACAUCACUUCCUCUCAGCCUCAUGACCCCACACAGCGCCACAGUCAACCUCACACACACACACACAUCCACAAACACUCCUCCGCAGCCCUCGCCGAAACUCGCCCCGCCCACUCCGCUGCCUUCGCAGAAUCUCUCCCCGCCCACUUACAACCUCCCGACUACCUCGUGGAAACGGAGCAACUUCAGUCUUGUGCAGCGCCACAUUCCGCGUCUGCUACGAGUUCCGCGUUCACUCCUGAACCCCAGAGUGGUCAUAUUGAACCAGUUGCCUUGGCCAUAGAGGCUGCAGAGGUCCCUUCACCAAGUGACCUGGCCGCAGACGUUCCUCCUGCCGUCUGUGCAGAUCUCGCCUCAGUGGCAGAAGUAGAAUCGACAGUUAAAGACACUCUAGAGCCAGUCAAACAAGAAGUAGAUUCUCUAGCGCCACCUAGUGAAACAGUAGACUCUCUAGCGCCACCUAUUGAAACAGUAGAAUCUGCAGCGCCACCUAUUGAAACAGUAGAAUCUGCAGCGCCACCUAUUGAAACAGUAGAAUCUGCAGCGCCACCUAUUGAAACAGUAGAAUCUGCAGCGCCACCUAUUGAAACAGUAGAAUCUGCAGCGCCACCUAUUGAAACAGAAGAUGCUCUAGUGUCACCUGAUGUAACAGUAGAGAUUUCAGCACCACCUAGUGAAACAGCAGAGACUGCAGUGCCACCUAUUGAAACAGUAGAAACUGCAGCAGUCCACUUGGCUUCCACUGAGGUAGCGUCGCCACCAGAAACGGAUCUGCCAGAUGUCGCCACUCAGGAGGUUUUGCCUGAAGUCCGUUUGGAACCGACCCUGUCUGAUGUACCUGCUGCCGCCACACAGCCAGAUAUCAGCCAAACUCAGGACUCUCAGGACACGCGGGCAGAACUUUUACUGGAAACUCAGACGACACCAUCAGAGCAGCCUUCAACAUUAGAGAGCGCCAUGAUACAAGAAUCGCCUCCGAUAGACGAGCCCCCUCAAGUUGAAGAACUUUCACUGGAAACUCAGACAACGACACCAGAGGAGGCCCCAACAUUGGAGUCGUCCCCAAUUAUACAAGACUCCCCUCAAACAGAGGAGUCCUUAUUGACACAACUGCACUCGACUGACAGUCCAGUUAAGUUGGUAGAAGAAGUAGAGGAGCUUAGUAAAUGCGCAACAGAAGCGGCUACUGACACCCCAGUCGUACCUGAAGCAGCUUCAGAAGUCAGCUGUGACACAGUUAUGCCUGAAACCACCACACCAGAAACAGAUCCUAGUUGCAGUCGAACAGAAUCUGAUGGAGAUGCAGCCCUAGUCCCCCAGCUCGAAGCAGCCAUAGAACCCACCAGUGCCCAGCUGUUAGAGGCAUCAGAGCAAGCUAGCACAGACACGGAUGCACCCCAGUCACCCCAAGUGGCAAUCACAGACACAGAUGCUAACACGACUAGCAGUGACACAGAAUCACACCGUGCAGCAGCCACAGACACAGAUCCACAGCCACCACAAGCAGCCACAGACACAGAUGCAGGUGCAUUAGAGACAUCACCCCCCCUCCCCUCCUGCCCACCUGAGAGCCCCCCUUCCUCCACACCUUUCCUUGUUGCCCCGGAGACGGUCGAGCAGGCGACGACCCAGCAGGGCUCCGAAGAGACUGCAGACCCACAGCUAGCUGGCGCCAGAGUGGUUCUCUCUUCUCGUGGAUACGCAGACUUCACACAGCAGGCCACCUUCGAAAUCAAGAAGUGUGAUGUGCACAAGCUGGAUGAUGCCCCUCCCCUGGAGGCGGUCCUUACACGAGAGGAGGGGCUUAAAUACUACAGAACCAUGCAGAUGAUGCGUCGUAUGGAGCUGAAGGCUGAUCAGCUGUACAAGCAGAAGAUCAUCAGGGGAUUCUGUCACCUGUACGACGGACAGGAGGCGUGUGCGGUGGGUAUUGAGGGGGGUAUCAACCUUAGUGAUCACCUCAUCACGGCGUAUCGCGCUCACGGAUACACACUCACACGCGGAGGAACCGUACGGGAGAUCCUGGCAGAACUCACAGGUCGGCGUGGGGGUAUUGCCAAGGGUAAAGGCGGUUCCAUGCACAUGUACACUAAGAACUUCUACGGAGGAAACGGAAUCGUAGGAGCACAGGUGCCUCUGGGUGCAGGUGUGGCUCUGGCCUGUAAAUAUCUGGGCAAGAACGAGCUGUGUGUCAGUCUCUAUGGUGACGGAGCAGCCAAUCAGGGCCAGAUCUUCGAGACGUACAACAUGGCGGCCCUGUGGAAGCUCCCCUGCAUCUUCAUAUGUGAGAAUAACAAGUACGGUAUGGGCACCGCCGUGGAGAGGGCAGCCGCCAGCACCGACUACUACAAGAGGGGAGACUUCAUACCGGGACUAAGGGUGGACGGCAUGGAUGUGCUGUGUGUGAGGGAGGCCACCAAGUUUGCUGCAGAUCACUGCCGCUCUGGAAAGGGUCCCAUCCUAAUGGAGCUGCAGACUUAUCGUUACCAUGGACACAGUAUGAGUGACCCCGGCAUCAGCUACCGUACUCGUGAGGAGAUCCAGGAGGUGCGCAGUAAGAGUGACCCCAUCUCCAUGCUGAAGGACCGCAUGCUGCAGAACAAUAUGGCCUCAGUAGAGGAACUCAAGGAGAUUGACGUGGAGGUUCGUAAGGAGAUCGAGGACGCGGCCCAGUUCGCCACCACGGACCCAGAGCCCCCCCUUGAGGAGCUGUGCAACCACAUCUUCCACAACGAGCCGCCCAUCGACGUGCGGGGCACCAGCAUCUGGAGCACACUCAAGUCACACAGCUAGAGACCAGAGGAGAGGAGACGCACACACACACACACACACACACACACACACAUACACACACACACAGGGGAGAGGGGAGAGGGGAGAGGAGGUGGUCAAGAUCUAGGAGAACAGAAGACGAAGACU